GGUGACGAUGGGAAAUAGCCAAUCUAUAGCUGAUGGCCUGUCAGCAAUUCCUGCUAAAGAGACCUAUGUGUGGUACAGGAAAUUUAUGAUGGAAUAUCCCUCCGGCCUGCAAACUCUGCAUGAAUUUAAGACACUCCUGGGUCUGCAAGGUCUGAAUCAAAAGGCCAAUCAACAUGUUGACCAAGUCUAUAAUACCUUUGACAUGAACAAGGAUGGGUUUAUUGACUUCUUAGAGUUUAUUGCUGCUGUAAAUCUAGUUGUACGAGGAAAAAUGGAGCAGAAAUUGAAGUGGUAUUUUAAGUUGUAUGAUGCUGAUGGAAAUGGUUCUAUUGACAAAAAGGAACUACUGAGCAUCUUCAUGACUGUACAAACCCUCAAUGGCCAGCACACUCUGAGUCCUGAAGAAUUCACCAACUUGGUGUUUCAUAAGAUUGAUAUAAACCAUGAUGGAGAACUGACUUUAGAAGAAUUUAUCAAUGGCACAGAAAAAGAUCAGGAUCUUCUGGAGAUUGUUUCCAAGAGCUUCGACUUUUCCAGUGUACUGAAAGUGAUCUGUAAUGGGAAGCAGCCAGACACAGGGGCAGGCUUCCUUCAAACCAUCUGA